UUGAAAUUUAUACAAUACAAUUAUAACCAUCGUGUCUCUUGACUACACCUCUUCCCUUCGAUCUCCAGUCAAUUCACAUUCUUCACGAUGGCUUCCAGAGGCUUUUCCAAGGCCCUUCGUAGCCAAUUGGCUCGCCGUGUGGCUUCGCCCGCUGUACAGACACGUUCGUUCGUUGCUGCGUCUAACAUCGCUCGAGCCACCAUCAAGGCCCGCCCUGCUGUAGCUGGCGCCGUUCAACAACAGAUCCGUGGUGUCAAGACCAUCGACUUUGCUGGAACCCCCGAGGAGGUUUAUGAGCGUGCCGACUGGCCCAAGGAGAAGCUCUUGGACUACUUCAAGAACGACACCCUCGCCCUCAUCGGCUACGGCUCCCAAGGUCACGGCCAGGGUCUUAACCUCCGUGACAACGGCCUAAACGUCAUCAUCGGUGUCCGAAAGAACGGCCAGUCGUGGAAGGAUGCCAUUCAAGAUGGCUGGGUUCCCGGCAAGAACCUCUUCGAGGUUGAUGAGGCUAUCUCUAAAGGUACCAUCGUCAUGAACUUGCUCAGUGACGCUGCCCAGAGCGAGACGUGGCCCGCUAUCAAGCCCCAACUCACCAAGGGAAAGACCCUCUACUUCUCCCAUGGUUUCUCCCCCGUCUUCAAGGAUGUUACCAAGGUCGAUGUCCCCAAGGACAUUGAUGUCAUUCUCGUUGCUCCCAAGGGCUCUGGCCGAACUGUCCGAUCUCUCUUCCGCGAGGGCCGUGGUAUCAACUCCUCCUACGCCGUCUUCCAGGAUGUCACUGGUAAGGCUGAGGAGAAGGCCCAGGCCCUCGGUGUUGCCGUCGGCAGUGGUUACCUCUACAAGACCACCUUUGAGAAGGAGGUCUACUCUGACUUGUACGGCGAGCGUGGUUGCUUGAUGGGUGGUAUCCACGGUAUGUUCCUUGCCCAGUACGAGGUUCUCCGAGAGCGUGGCCACUCUCCUAGCGAGGCUUUCAACGAGACCGUUGAGGAGGCUACCCAGAGCUUGUACCCCUUGAUUGGUGCCAACGGUAUGGACUGGAUGUACGAGGCUUGCUCCACUACUGCCCGACGAGGUGCCAUUGACUGGACUCCUAAGUUCAAGUCUGCCCUGAAGCCUGUUUUCAACCAGCUAUACGACUCCGUCCGAGAUGGUAGCGAGACCAAGCGAUCGCUCGAGUACAACGGCCAGAAGGACUACCGACAGAAGUUUGAGGCGGAGAUGGAGGAGAUCCGCAAUAUGGAGAUCUGGAAGGCCGGCAAGGCCGUAAGAUCCCUCCGACCCGAGAACCAAAAAUAAGUGCAUUUGGCGUUUUUAAUGAAAAAAAAUUACGGAACGGUAAACUAAAUGGUGAAGGCAUAUUCCCCGGGGAACAAAAGGAGGAGCUUUUGUAAAAGUACCUAUUCAGGAUUCCGGGUUGCAAACGUUCAUACAUAUCUCACGAGGAUCUUGGGGAAGGGCCCCAAAAGUUGCUGUAGUCCAGUUUUCAUGAAACAUUUCUAAAAUUGUUCACUACGCCCUGCGUGAUACGUUCUGAGGCGUCCCCCCCUCCGUUAUCGGACCUCGAUAACAAAUCGUAGAUUUGUGACUGGUUAGAUAGAGGCUUGCUCGGUCUAGACUUCUCUACUCGCCAAGUUC